AGUGUGUGAAAUGUGUGUAGAAAACGAAUAUUUCCACUAGAAAAAUACAAGUUUUACGUAACUAUGGUUAAUUGCCGAUUAGACAGUAGAGCGUGCGUUAUUAAUUUAUGAGUGAAUUGUUAAUUUUGAAUUAAUUUGAAAAUGGAGAUGUCAACCGUCAUGUUUGAAGACAUCGGGUAUACCAUACAUAAUUCCUUUUACAACUACUCGUACUUGGAAAUUACAUCUUUUUCGACUGUUCCGUUUUCAGACAUAAAAAAUUGUUCUACCGAGGACUGGAUAUAUCCAAAGUUAUUACUACUGAGUCAAAGAAAGGCUGUUCUUUAUCUUCCAGUUAUCAUCUUUUUAUUUUUAUUGAUGAUAUUAGGAUGUUUCGGAAACGCACUGGUUCUGUAUAUUUACUGUUUCCGGUCGAAAAAGAGGUCAGCGAACAAUUUUAUUAUUGCCAUGGCAUUGUUUGAUUUUAUUACGAGUGUUGUAGUGAUGCCAAUUGACAUAUAUGAUUUACUCUAUCAUUACUCAUUUUAUUCAAACAUUGCGUGCAAAAUUUUCAGAGCUGUUGAAAGCGCUACUACGUAUGCAUCCGCUGUGAUUUUAAUACAGAUUGCAUUUGAUCGUUACUUUAAAAUAUGCAAGCCUUUACGUUUUGGUAAUCGGAAUAGAACAAAAUUUAUGUCUAUAUCAGCUGGUAUGUUAGCUUUACUUUUGUGUAGUCCAGCCGUGGUUCUAUUCGGAACAAGAAGAGAACAAAUUUCAGGAAAUCUAUGUGGUUUUGAUUGCUCCGUUGAUCAAAAAUACAAAGGCUCGACCUUCCAAACGAUUUAUUAUUUGAUAUUAGGUUUAGUGUUUAUAGUAACAUUCGUUAUAUUAUCAGCUUUAUACUUUUUAAUCUGGUUAGCAAUUAAAAGAAGAAAAGGCAUCACUAUCGGUGAAAAUCCCAGACAAAGUGUUAUACAAAAUGGCCGAAAAAGAAUGUUAUCAAGCGUAAGUGAUGAUGAUUCCUCGUCGGUGGUGCACAAUCAAAAACAGUUCCGCAGAACAUUGUCUAACUUAUCAACUAAAUCAAAACUAUCGAAUCUAUCUGAAAGGUUGUCCAAUAUAAAAGCAUCUCGGACGACAAAGAUUUUCAUCGCCGUCACCAUUGCGUUUGUAUUGAGCUAUUUACCCUCCGUUGGUGUAAUGAUUUGCAGAUCUGUAAAUAAGAAGAUAGAAAAAGACUCGUCAGAAUUUGUUCAAGUGCUUCUAAAAUUGUUUUCAAGAUGCCACUACUUAAACAACGCCGCCAAUCCAAUUAUAUAUAGUUUCUUUAACAAACACUUCCGUGACGAAAUUACAAAAUUAACCAAGAGCAUUGGUUUCUGUUGCAAGCAUCGUUUUCGUCCCCGCUCAUUGUCAACUUCUUCCGGAUCAUCGCGAAAAGGACGUUCAUCCAGAUCAAAUUCAUACAAAAGUGAACGUACUCAUGAAUAUGAAUUGGAACAUCUUAAACAUUCACGUUAAUGUUAUAAAACAUUGCAUAACAAUCCUUUUGCUGUAUACUGUUAGCAUUAAAAGCACGCAUUUUAAAUA